GCUGAUCGGAUUCAAUGGAGAAUUCCGCCGGAGUAUCCGGUGGUUUCACCAGAAGUAGUGAAGCAAACGGCGGAGUUGAAGGCGAAGUAGAGAGAGAAGAGGUUUUCGCACAACUGAAAGGUCUCUGCUUGGAGCUCUUAAGUCUCUCGCAAAACCCUAAAAAGGAUUCCCCGGCGAUCCCAGCGCUGCUUCAGCUUCUCCGCCGCACUCCUUCCUCCUAUCUUCAGUCCUUCUUCGACUAUACUUUGUUCCCGUUGCUGCUUCUGUUGGACGCAGCAGUUGCUUGCAGAAGCCAGGAUAAAAAGCAGCCAAAGGAGAAACUUGAAGUGUAUGAUGUUUUGAGAACACCGUAUAAAGUGAGUGAUAAAGUAGCAGAAGGUGUAAUCUGUUGUCUUGAGGAACUUCUGAAGAAAUGUUGUAUCAGAUCAGUAGAUCAGAUGGUUGUAAUUCUCAAGAAGUUAACCAGUGCUGCUCUGUUAACGCAAUCCGAGGCUUCAGAAGAAUUUCGUGAAGGGAUCAUAAAGAGUUUUAGAGCGAUGAUCUCUGGUCUGCUUCCAUGCUCUGAUGAUUCUUGCUCAUGCAAACACUCUAUUGGAUGGCCUCUACUUUGGGAGAGGAGAGAUUCCCCGAUUCAAUUUUCAAACUUUUUCGAAUAUGAUCAAGAAAAUAGAGAAUGUUUACUUGAAUUUCUUCAGUCACAGUCUGCUUCAACUGCUGUGGGUCACUGGCUUUCCAUUCUUCUCAAAGCUGCUGAUGCUGAGGCUGCUCGAGGACAUCGAGGAAGUGCAAAUCUUCGUGUUGAAGCCUUCAUGGCCUUACGUGUACUCGUCGCUAAGGUUGGUACUGCAGAUGCAUUGGCGUUUUUUCUACCCGGCGUUGUUAGCCAAGUCGCCAAAGUUUUGCACGUUUCGAGAGCAAUGAUAAGCGGAGCUGCUGGAAGCGUUGAGGCAUUGGACCAAUCCAUAAGAGCCCUAGCCGAGAUUCUCAUGAUCGUUCUCGAGGAUGAGGCUAAUUCAUCUGCCCUUUCCAUUUCUGAUGGUGCUACCCAUUUGAGCAAGCAUGAAUCUGCACCUUCAGUUCUGGAGCAACUCCGUUCCUUAACCACAAAAACUAGAGGAGAAGAAGUCGGUAAAUCAAUCAAGGAAAGCCAAGAAUCCAACUUGAACCCGAGUUUUGGCUCCAAUGGAAUGGAUUCCCUUCAUGUCGAACGUACGAAGAAAUGGUUAGAGACGACUAGCUCUCGCGUGAAUAAACUGUUGUGUGAUGCAUUUCCUCAUAUUUGUGUUCAUCCGGCAAGCAAAGUUAGAUCAGGACUUCUAGCAGCGAUACGUGGAUUAUUAUCUAAGAGCCCUCUUUCAUUGAAGGGUGCCAGAUUAGUACUACUGGAAUGUGUAUGUACCUUGGCCAUCGAUGACUCUGACGAAGUUUCUGCAGGUGCCCAGGAAUUUCUCGAUGAUUUAUUCUCAGAAAGUACAUACCUUUACGUAGAUAAAGAUGUAUUCGAGUUCUUUAACCGCCUUCUCGAGAGGCUUCCCAAAGUGGUUUUGGGAAGUGAUGAGCUUUCUGCACUUUCGGUGGCCAAGCAAUUGCUCGUUAUCAUCUACUAUUCUGGCCCUCGGUUUUUGGCAGAUCAUCUUCAGUCUCCUAUAACAGCUAGCAGAUUCCUCGAGAUCUUUGCCCUUUGUCUGAGCCAUAACUCGGCAUUCGCUGGUUCUCUCGAGAAGCUUAUUGUUGCGAGGCCAUCGUCGUCAUCAUCAACGGGUUACCUCCCUUCAAUCACAGAGUUAGAAGCUGGUUUUCAAGAAUCCAUUCACAGCCGUACCAUUCAUAAGACUUCCGAAUCCGAGAGAGGAAAGACGGAGAUAACACGGAGUCGUUACGAGCUUCCUCGGAUGCCUCCAUGGUUUUCUUACAUGGGUAGUCAGAAACUCUACGAGAUGCUCUCUGGAGUCCUUAGACUCGUAGGGUUAUCAUUAAUGGCAGGCUUUGGAAGCGAAGGGCAUUUAGCGGUUAUCCUAGAUAUUCCGCUCGGAUGUUUCCACAAGUUGAUCUCGGAAGUUCGUCGGAAAGAGUACAGCGGAGAAGAUUGGCAGUCGUGGUAUAAUCGAACCGGGUCAGGACAGUUGGUUCGUCGGGCUGCAACCGCUUCUUGUAUCCUGAACGAGAUUAUCUUCGGUCUAUCAGGUCGAGCUAGUGAUGACACUCUCUCGAGAAUGCUUCAGAAGCCGACGAAGAGGAGAAGACACAUUCAGGAGGAGGGUAGCAAGUCCGAGGACGGAUUACGCUGGAAAAUCUCGUGGAACAAACGUGUAAAAAGUCGUUUGAUCGAAUGUGUCGGUAAAAUCUUGCAUGAAUACCAAUCUUCUGAAGUUUGGGAUAUCCCGGUGGAUCAGAAUUCACUCGGUAGGAGCAAUGACACCGAAUUUCACGGUAUAAAUCUGCAUUUUUAUAAGGACACAGCGAUGUUACAUCAGGUUAUCGUAGAAGGAGUAGGCAUCUUUUCACUCUGUCUCGGGCAAGACUUUGCUUCAAGCGGAUUUCUCCACUUAUCGCUUUACCUUCUCCUCGAGAGUCUUAUUUGCUCGGACUUCCAAGUAAAGAAUGCUUCUGAUUCUGUCUUGCAUCAACUUGCCGCCACUUUGGGCCAUCCCUCGGUCGGGCAUCUGGUCCUUGCGAACGCGGAUUACGUUAUCGAUUCAAUCUGUCGGCAGUUGCGUCAUCUGGAUCUUAACCCUAAUGUUCCUAAUGUUCUUGCGGCCAUGCUUUCUUACGUCGGAGUUGCUUGUGAAAUACUGCCUUUGCUGGAGGAACCCAUGCGUUUGGUCUCCCAAGAACUGGAAAUCGUCGGUAGAAAACAGCAUUCGAAUCUGACUUUGCCCUUCUUGAAGGCAGUUGGUGAGAUUGCAAAAGCAUCAAAGCGUGAAGCUUUUUUGUUACCUGACAAAGCUAAGUCAUAUAACGAGCAUGUCAAGACCAAAGCAUCUGAUCUUAUGAAAUCAAGACAAGACAGAAGAGGUUCAGAUUCCGACGACGAGGUCGACAUUUCUCGCCUCGUUCCAGAGGAAUGGGAGACCAAUCUGCUCGAGCUGAACCGUUCCAAACGAUACAGAAGAAUAGUCGGGUCUGUUACUUCUUCGUGUCUAAUAGCUUGUACACCUCUUCUAGCAUCGUCGGAUCAAGCAACAUGCUUGGCUGCUCUUGACAUUAUCGAGGAAGGAGUUCCUUCUCUGGCCAAAGUCGAGGAAGCUUACCGGGAAGAGACCGAAACCAAAGAAACGAUCGAAGAACUCAUCGAGUCUGCUUCGCUCUAUCAACUGAAAGAUGUCAUGGACGCCACUGAUGGUGGCUCCGACGAGAACAGGCUGCUUCCCGCCAUGAACAAGAUCUGGCCUUUCUUCAUUGUCUGUGUCCGUAACGGAAAUCCAGUGGCCGUGAGGAGAUGCUUAAGCGUUAUAACCCAUGCGGUUCGGAUAUCGGGGGGAGAUUUCUUCGCACGCCGUUUCCGCAACGACGGCCCUCACUUCUGGAGGCUUCUAUCCACGUCUCCGUUCAACAAGAUCCGAAACCCGAGAGAAGACAAACCUCUCCUUCGACUCCCCUACCGAACUGCGCUAGCAUCACCUGAGACGUCUGCCUCCAUGGCUGAAGCUUCGAGCUUGAAAGUCCAAAACGCAGUUCUCAACAUGAUCGCCGAUCUCUCCAGCGACAAACACAGCGCUUCGGCGUUAGACGCUGCCCUGAAGAAAGUAGCCGGCCUGGUCGUUGGAAUCGCCUGCAGCGGCGUUUCGGGUCUCCACGAUUCAGCGGUGAACGCGUUGAGAGGUAUUGCGAGCAUUGAUCCUGACCUCAUAUGGAUUCUCUUGUCAGAUGUUUAUUUUUCUCUGAAGAAGAAAGAUUCGUUGCCUCCCCCGCCGUCUCCAGAGUUCCCUGAGAUCUCUAGGGUUUUGCUGCCACCGCCGGCAGAUUUUCCGGCGAGGUUCCUGUACGUUGAGUACGGCGGUCGGAGCCAUGGUUUCGACUUGGAGUUUAGCUCCGUAGAGAUUGUCUUCAAGAAAAUGCACGCGCUUGUCUUUAUGAACCAAAUGUGCUUGUAAUUGUAAAUAAUUACAUUCUAUUUUAUUAUAUAUCUCUAAAGUACAUUGGUUUAAUUUUUUUUACAUCGUACAUGGUUUUUGGAAAUUAGAUGAAUUAAUGGUCUGUGGUAUAAAACAGGGAUAAAAAGUAAAAACCUACAACUUGAAAAAUUAUGGGGCAACCCUCAGUUGUCUAAAUGACAGAGAAAAGAGAGAUGGUAUUCAGAUUCAAAUCCAGUAGUUACCAAAGUACACAACAGAGGUUCAGACGCUUCAAUAUCCAAACCGGUUUUAACCGGUACAUGUAAACCGGAACAUAUCUUAUAAGACUUAUGUGAAAGUUUUCACUCGACUUCAGCUAAGUAAUCAUCGAUUUCUGCUGGUGUCAAUACCCUG